AUGCCAGGAAAAAUUUAUGUGCUUUUGCAAUGGGUGGAUAAACCGAAUGCAAUCACGAUUAUGGAGGAAACUGAAGAUGCGAAGAAAGCAAACGAGGGAGAAAUUAUUCAAAUAAAAUAUCCCAACAAAGGAGUCUUUAAAGCAAUUCUCCUUCACAGAAGUGAGUCAAAAAGUUUCUUAGAAAAACUCAGUAAAAAUGUCAAUAAAGACGGGACCAUCACGGAAAAGAAAAAAAAUACUUCAAAAAUCGAAAAAUUUAAAUCUCAAUCAGCGAAGGAGAAAGCCGAAUCAAAACUGAAAAAGAAAAUGAGAGCUCAAACUGCAUCAAAAUUAGAGGAUAAAAUUUCUGAAAUGCAUCCAAUUUGUGAAGAUAAACGUAAGAAAACCACUGAUUCGGCUGUUAAGAAUAUUCCCGUAAAUGAUUUCGACGAUAAUCAGAAAGACAAUGGAAUGAACAACGAAAAAAUUGAUGUCGUAACAGUGAAACGAAAUAAUUUAGAUUCAAGUGAUCUCGAACAUGUAAAAAUCCAUUCGACAUUGGACAAGGAAUCAGAAAAACCCUCAAAGUUUAACAACAAAAAUAAAAACUCAUCACGAAUUGAAGAUAAACGCAAGAAAACCACUGAUUCGACUAGUAAAGAUAUUUCUGUAACUGAUUCCGAUGAUAAUCACGAAGACAAUGGAAUAAGCAACAAAAAAAUUGAUAUCGUAACAAUGAACGAAGAUAAUUUGGAUGCAAGUGAACCUGAAAAUGUAGAAACCCAUUUGACAUUAGAAAAUGAAUCGGAAAAAUCCUCAAAGUUCAAUAAAACUAAAAAAUCAUCACGAAUUGGCGAUAAAAACCCCGAUCAAGCAGCUGAUCGUGUGAAUAAAACGAAAAAAAAACAGAUCUUGGAAUUGCCUUCAACAUCAAAGUUGCCUUCAAAAACACCCUCAACUUUGGAAUUGCCUUCAACAUCAAAGUUGCCUCCGAAAAUGAAUCAUCCUCCGAAAUCACCCUCAACUUUAGAAUUGACUUCAACUUCCAAAUCCUCUUUAAUUAACGAAUUGUCUUUAACUUCCGGUUUAUCGUUAUCUGACGAAUUCCCUUCAACUUCCGUUACACCAGAAUUUGUCAAUGGUCUAGAGAUCUUAUUAAAAUUUGCUAAAACAGUUGUAGACAAAAAUGUUGAAGUAAAUUCUCCUAUAAUGAAUAAUGUCAUAAAAAGAACGAAUAUGGUAGAGUUGUUCAAAGGAUCGAGUGUUUUAAUAAACGAAAAUAAAUUAUUUUUGAUGAAACGCUUCCGGAACAAUCCGAGAGAGUUGACUCGGCAACUUAUGUUGGAAUUGGUAGGAGCGAAAAGUUUAAAAACUAUGACAGCACUGGGGAAAAAAGGAAACGCAAUUCCCGAAAAUAUAAGGGUCGAUGUUUAUAAAUACGUACACGCAAGAAACAAACAUUUUACGGAAAUAGAAUAUAUUUCUGUUAUAAAUUAUCAGUGCGGGACAUUAAGAAAUCCCAAAACUGAGAAGAAAAAUAAAAAUGAGACGAAUGCGAAAGUAAAGAAAGUCACGAAAAAAACUAAGAAAAUUGAAAAGGAAAUGGAUGAGAAAGAAGUCGUAGAGGACAAUAAAGUCGAUCACAGUGAUGAGGGUAAUGAGGGAGAAGAUAGUCAGGAUGAAAAUAGUGAGAGAGAGGAUAGUCAGGAAUAUGAUAGUGAUAGAGAGGAUAGUCAGGAACAGGAUAGUGAGGAGGAAAAUGAGAAUGAUCACGAAGAGCCACUGGCCAAAAAAAGAAAACUGUAG